CGACACCGUAUCUUUCGAAUUGGACGUCGAGGUUCAGUUACGAAACGAGGAUCCUACCCUGGAACGAGUUGCGAUUGAAUUGGGUAGGUACAAUUUCUUUCACAUACAAGAAUACAAAUAUUGUCAGCUUUCCAUUAAUGUCCGAAAAUUCUUCUCAAGCAAUUUGUCGCACUUUUUCACUUUAUUUUUGUUAUUCUUUCUUGGAUUGUACGUUACAGACGCAAUGCCUCUUACAAAGAGCCGCAAGCUAGUAGGCACAUCGAUCGACCCCAUUCCACGCGAUUUGAAUCUUCUUCCCAUUGAUGAAAUCGUUCGGCGUCUCUGUCGCUUGUUUUCAAUUGUAAACGAACCGGAGAGCACGGGUAAAUUGUUUCAGCUAGGAAUGCAACUCGGUGGUAGUGACAUUGGAAGGCUGAAGGAAAAUAUGUACCUCAACCAAUGUCCACACAACCGCUACGUGAGGAAGUACUUCUACAAUAUGGUGGCAGAUGCUACCCUGGAGGCAGCCAUUUUGUGUUCCAAGGGAAGGAUAUCAAAUCGAAUGAAAAUUACGGCCAUGUUUCCGGAGAUGAAUCCGUCCAUGGAUUCGUAUCGGUAGGUUUCUGUACUUCUGCGGGAGCAUAUGUUCCGAAUGGAUGAGAGACAUUGGAACUAACUUAUUGUGUUUUCAAAUGUUUCUCGGUUUAUAAGGAUUGGAACCAUUUUAGAAAUGGUUCGAACGAUUUCAAUCAAGCUUGUCGAACAGAACCUCCGAGUCCGGGUAUGCGUCCAGGGGUCGAUGGGUGUAGGUAUAUUUACCGGCGUCCCGAAACAACUCGGUGGGGUAUCAAAACUGCUACAGAUGAUGGACUGGCAAUCAAACGAGGGAGAAGAAAACGAAGGGAUGGUAGGAAACUACCUGAAUUUUGGAAACAUCGGUGCUGAACACGUAGUCAAUUCACACGUGCGAGAGGACGGGACAAAAGUGGAACAAGACGAUAUCUUUAUCCUCAUUGCUCCACAGUCCAUGGUUGGCGUUGAAUCGUCAAUCUAUGAGCCACUGAAAGCAAUGGUAGACGCUGCCGGAAGUCGUCCCAUUAUUUUACUGAAUCCCGACCUCACCGACAAAUUUUCUGCUCAGGGCCAACAAAAUGUUCGAGGUCGUCAAGUAAGUCGAAAACAUAUUUUAAUUGUCGUACCAGUAUCAGAAUCCAAACACUAGAAGGGAUGCGCAAUCUUGAUCUGUUGAAAUAGGGUUGAAAACUAAUGGCUGCAUUGUUUUCAAUCUUUACGACCAAUAUUAUCACCAGGAUCGACUUGAUUUUGCAAACACCUUUGAAACAAUAUGGCAUUUCAAUAAUAUUUAUGUAUCCGGAACAUCAUACUUCCCAAUAUUAGGGGCAACCUUCAAACCUGGACCGCUGAAUAUGUGGGCUGCGUAUCAACGAAGGGAUCUGGCCCAAGAAGAGGGCGAGAUGUACGUCCCCGUUCUGGCAUCCGAGGAAAAGCCCAAGGGAGACCAGAUCUUAGCAUCAUUCAAAAAUUGAUUGCGUACUUUUCAAUCCAAUUCUUACGAAAGAUAGUGGUUCGAAUGCAUGCAAAAUCAACUUUUAAGUUUCUA